AUGAAGGAAUACCUCGACUCCGAUAGAGUGAACUACUUGGUCUGGAGAUACCUGCUCGAAGGCAAUUAUCGAGAGACGGCAGCCAAGUUUCAGAAAGAGUGGCACGCUGAACCUCAUCGUCACUUCGACUUUGCGCGCCACAUCAAGAGCCAUGCCCUUGUCUCCGUCGUCAACAAGGGCCUUUGCUACCACGCCCUCGAGCGUGAGCAUGUUCGCAAAUCGACAUCUCCCAUCGCACCCGUCGCGCCGAUCGACGCCCUGCAGAUGGGCAUUUUUGGCCCGCUCAAUGUUCAGCCUCCACCGCCACAAAAGGUCGAGGACGACGAAGAGGAUGCGGACGGCGAUGCCGAUGCUGACGCAGAUGGCGAUGCCGACGUGGAUGCCGAUGCAGAUGCAGAUGCCGAUGCAGAUGGCGACGCGGAGAUGGAGGAGGUCGAGAACUCGCGAAAACGCCAACUCGAUAAUCGCACGCAUCAUCAGCAUCAAAUGAAUGGUUCGCCGGCAAAGCGCCCGCGACUCGUCAGUAAUGGGUACGAGAACGGAGUGGAUGCAGCCACAGACCCCAUGGAGCUAGACAACCACAACCAUCAGCCAACCCCGGCCGACCACAACAACAACCACGCUUAUCCCUCGCCCCUCGAAGGCGAACAGACACACUCACCAAUCCCCCACACCGACGGUCCCGAACAGGGCACACAGGUCGACAAGGUCGAAGAACUCGCACCCGAGACGACCUUUUUGCGACUGAUGCCAGACGACCUUCCCAAUGGCACCAGCUCAGCGUCGCCCUCGUCGUCACCCAUGCGGGCUCGCGCUGCAGCUGGAGAAAAUGCACCCGUCCUGUUAAGCUGCGAGUGGAGCCCCAAAGACCCAUCAGUCUUGGCGGCUGCUGGAACCGAUGCGCUAGCCCGCGUUUGGACGGUUUCGCGUGCCGCCAUAUCUUCCGAAUCUGACUUUGACGCCCACGACUCCCAUCACGUGAACGGCGUCAACCGCCCCUUCCUCAGCCUUGUCGACAACGCAACGCCGCGCAGCGCAACAGUCAGCCAAAUCGCCUGGAACUUCUGUCGGAUCGGGCCAUUGCUGUGGCGAUUGAUCAUGAAGGCAAGACGUCGGUGCAGCUUCGAUGGAAUCCCUACCGACACGGCCCUACUGGGCAUCGCACCUGAGAAUGGCGGCGCGCUCAUCUCCGUUUUUCAACCACUGACCUCGACUACCCUGACGUACUUUUUGCCCGACCAUGACAUUGACAACUGGCCGCUCGACGCUGCUUGGACCAGUGAGGCGACAAUUCUGUUAUGUGGAGGCCAAGUCUUGGUCUCGCUCCGCUGCACCGAUUCGGCUAUCGUCGUGGACAAGAAGAUUGAGACGCAACCGGACGAUAACUUUUCUCAAGUGCAAUUUGACGCAAGGUCCAACCUCGCCGCUACGGCAAGCGCCAACGGCGUGCUCGAUAAGCUUUGGAACGAGGCUGGCGAGCGGCAUGCUAUCUCUGCGCACUCGGGCGCCAUCACGGCCUUGCAAUGGCAGCCAGUGCCCAAGGACGCGCAUGUACCCGAUGAUGAACGACUGAUUGCUUCUGGCGGAGAUGACUGCGCGAUCCUCAUUUGGAAUGCAAGGAAACCAGAUCAAAAGGCCAAGUGCUUCCUUACGAUGGACUCGCCCAUCGUCAGGUUAGCCUUCACGCCCGACGGCGCAUUCAUUGCGGGCGCCACCGCAGGCAGGAUCCUGAUCUGGAAGGUUGGCGACACGGCGAUCCCUCGAGCCAGCUGGAGCCGGACACCUCAUCUCGGCUGGCUCAGCCCGAAGACGACUUCAGAGUCGGAGGAUGAGGACGAGCAUUGCCUUGGCUGGGACUGCGAUGGCCGACGUCUCGCAUACGGAGCCAACAGUAGGCUUGCCGUAAUUAACUUUCGGAGGUAA